AUCAAUCUUCUCCACCCACCCCCUCUUUAUCCAAAAGAACCUUUUAACAAAGAUGGCUUUAAGCAUUCCUUGCUAUGCUUCACUUGGCACCAAAUUGCAAGAUCCACUUAAUUACAGCAACUACAAUGGGGUUGAAAAAGUGAAAAGCAUCAUAAAGAAGACAGUAAUUCCUUCUGUUAGUAGUUCCCAUGUUGAAUCUCUUCAGAAGGGAAAUUGGGUCAAGCUCAUUUGUGGUGCUAGUUUUGAGGAUUUGGUUGAUAUCAGGAACCUUUCUCUGGUUUAUACACUUGCCGGAGUUGAUUGCAUUGACUGCGCUGCUGAGGCUUCAGUGGUGAAUGCUGUAAAUGAAGGGAUAGAAGCAGCCAGAGCCCUUGUGCCCAUACGCAGGCCUUGGGUAAUGAUCAGUGUUAAUGAUGAUGAAGAUCUUCAUUUCCGUAAAGCUGAAUUUGAUCCGGAUGAUUGCCCUUGGGAUUGCAUGAGACCUUGUGAGAAAGUGUGUCCUGCUAAUGCAAUAUUGCAAAAGGGCGGGGUUUUGGCUGAGCGCUGUUAUGGUUGUGGUCGCUGCCUUCCGGUUUGUCCGUACGACAAAAUAAGAGCUAUUACGUAUGUGAGAGAUGUUACAGCUACAGCUGAACUUCUUGAAAGGGAUGAUGUUGAUGCCAUAGAAAUUCAUACCAGUGGAAGGGAACCUUCAGUUUUUAAAGAACUCUGGACUGGGCUGGGGAAUUCAACUGCAAAUCUGAAGCUCGUGGCAGUUAGCUUUCCAGACUUGAGAGAUUCAACCAUAUCUGCAAUGAAAGCUAUGUACUCCAUAAUGGAAGCCAGCAUACAAUGCGUCAACUUAUGGCAGUUGGAUGGUCGACCAAUGAGUGGAGAUAUUGGGCGAGGUGCCACAAGGGAUGCAAUUGCUUUUGCACGAAAAUUGGCCUCUGCUGGCGACAAGCCUAAAGGCUUCCUUCAACUGGCGGGUGGUACCAAUGGUCACACAGUGGAGGGGUUGAAAACAGAGAGAUUAUUCCAAACAACGACCAUACACGAGGCUUCAAGAUAUGAGACAAUUCCGAGCACCUUACAUUCACCAAAUGCUUUGAUUGCUGGUGUGGCCUUUGGCGGCUAUGCACGAAAGAUUGUCGGUAGAGUUUUGAGUUCUGUGCAAAGUCAUCACGGACUUGCUUGUGUUGAAGAUUUCCCCGAGCAACUUCUGCAGGCCAUUAUUGAAUCACUAGCUCUGGUUGGAACUGUUAAAUGUUACAACAUCCAGAAGCAGAGCACUUAGAUUGUAUUUGAGGUUGAUACACCAGCUGAAAUUUAGAACUAUGAGGUUCUCUGGAAGGCCUGUCCAAGGACUAAUGAUGAUCGUUGGUACACAGAUUCUCAAGGACAAAGGUCGAAAUCAGAGAUAAACGGUUUUAUAGCUCAUACAGAACAUAUAUAUACAUAAUGCAUCAUCACAGAUUUGCAGGGGAAGGCUUCAAAUUUUUGAUACAACGGAAAUUCUUGACGCGAAGGCCGCAAAUAGAUCUGUAUAUCACAUAGAUUACGUGGACUCUAGCUUACGAUGCGUGAGUUAACAAACUGCAGUUCUAGCAAAACCAAAGGCAUAAUUUGUUGAUUGACUCAUGAUCAGCGCCACCGGUUCUAACAUGUAUACAGAAAGUGCCACAUUUCUUAGUAGAAUACAGUUAAAGUCAUCUAUUGUCCAAGAUGUGAGAACUGGAUAUGUUAUUCCAAGAAAGGUCGAGCCUUUGGAGAUGAGAGAGCUGGAAGAGGAUGCUAUUGGAAUCAAUCAUCGUCCCCACUAGCUACAACUGAUGUCAAGUUCAAUCACCUGGUCCGACGUCUCAUCACAGUUAACUCCAUCCCAUAAGCAACAAUCUCUGCUCAUAUUCCGUGAUAGUGUUUUUGGAUAAGAUCUUUUAACGUAGUAAUCACAAAUACUAGAUGACCGUGCUCUUUUUGGACAGAAAUUUCUGAUAAAGCAUUUCCCUUCUAAAAUUCAAGAAAAUGCUUAGGUAGGUCCCUCAUCGAGCAUCUGUGAUUACUACGGUCAGGAAUCUUAUCUAGAGACAACUCAUGGAAUACGAGAAGAGAUAGUUGUCUAUGGGAUGGUGUGGAACGUGAUAAGACGUGGGGGCAUGUGAUUGAACAUGACCUCAGUUGCAGGGACGAUUGAGUCCAAUGUCAUCCUCUUCCAAGCCACAUUUGAGAUGUGAGAAUUGGAUAAGUUAUUCCAAGAAAGGUCGAGCCUUUGGAGCUGAGAGAGCUGUAAGAGGGUGCUAUUGGAAUCAAUCAUCGUCCCCACAGGCUACAACUGAUGUCAAGUUCAAUCACUUGGCCCGACGUCUCAUUGCAUUUAACUUCAUCCCAUAAGCAACAAUCUCCGCUCUUAUUCCAUUAGUUUGUUUUUGGAUAAGAUCUUUUACCAUAGUAAUUGCAAAUACUAGAUGUUUGUGCUCUUUUGGACCUAAGAUUCAAGAAAAUGCUUAUUGUAGGUCCUUUAUCAAGUAUUUGUGAUUACUACUGCCGGGAAUCUUAUCCAAAGACAAUCCAUGGAUUAUGAACAGAGAUUACUGUCUAUGGGAUGGAGUAAAAAUUGAUAAGAUGUGGGGGCAUGUGAUUGAACGUGACCUCAGUUACAUGGGAGAUUGAGUCCAACAGCAGCCUCUUUCAGCCAAUGUAUGAACUCUAAUCAUUGUAUUAUAUAGGCAGAAUAAUGUUGAGAUUAUAUACUAAUAUCCUACAUUCAUCAGAGGAAAUGAUUUCUUAUGUCA